UGGUCCCAAGAACACAACCAUAACCUCAAAACGGGGGGCCGCGGAAAUCGUAAUCGUUCCCCGAAUUGUUGCGCCCUCUUACAGUAGAAAAGGAAACUUGAGAUCUGUUUAAGUUUCGCGAAUGGAUUUUGAAUCUAGUGGCUAUAUAUUCAGAGGUCAAAGCACGGAGUAGGAGUGUGUCAGUCCUAGAUGCUGUGAUGGAUGAAGUUUCAUCAAAUGGUAUGUCUUUUUCGACAAAACUUGAGAAGUGGGGAAAGUGGAGGGACACUAAUAUGUGCUGGAUGUCUCAACGCAAUUGAUGAAGAUGAAUUUAUACAGGCACUAAAUCAAGAGUGGCAUAUAGAUUGUUUUCGGUGUUCAGCAUGUGAUAUUGGUUUGUCCUCGUGGUAUUUUGAAAAAGAUGGCUUACUCUUUUGUAAGGAUGAUUAUUGGGCUGCUUAUGGAGAAGCUUGUCAGGGAUGCGGUCAAAUUAUCACAGGUCCUGUCAUGCUGGCGGGAGAUCACAAAUUUCACCCAGAAUGUUUUGCCUGCAAUUCUUGUGGUGCUUUCAUUGGAGAUGGAGAAAGUUAUGCUCUUGUUGAAAGAUCUAAGCUGUAUUGUGGAUGUUGUUACAAAAGACAGAUGCAGCCAAUUAAUAGGACAGCUAAUUAUCCAUUUACUAGAAAGCCUCAUAGUAUCAGAUUAGUAGAAAUACCUCCGAGCGGUUCUGAUCCAGAAAAACAGAGGGGAAUCAAGUUGACAUUAGACACAACACCUAGUCCUAGAAAUUGUGGUGCUUUGCUUCGUAUAUCCGAGUUAAUGAGAAAUGUUCGUGGAAAGAUCAGUAAGCUGCUGGCCUCUGUGAUGGAGGUUCUAUUUAGGCUAUGCUGCCACUUCUCUAAUCAUAGACUGAAUAUAUCCAGCGAUCUCAUAUCUCUACAUAUUGGUGACCGAAUACUUGAGGUGAAUGGUACUCCAGUAAAAGAUCAGCCUAUAGAAAACAUUGAAAAUCUUAUCCAAUAUUCAGAUACAGUUCUACAGUUGACCAUCGAACACGAUCCAGAUGCGGUAUCACGACAACCAACGUUUUCCUCGCCAUCUGCGGCAAUGUUGACGUCGAUCGCAAAUCCAAGAACGAGUCCCGAAAAUAAAGAGCGUUUAUUUAAACGUCGCGAUGAGGGUUAUAUUAGUGGAACACGAAGCAGACAGUUGCGGAGGACGAGAGAUCCUAUGCAUAAAGAACGUAGUAGUUCCAUGUCGCGGUUACUUGAUGGAUCUUCGCCAACAAAUGCUACAUGCGAUUUAAGCAGAACUAGAUCCUUUCGUGUAGAACCAAAGAAUCAAAGAAUAUUCCGUGCCAGUGAUUUAGUGAAGGGUGAGCUUUUAGGUACAGGAUUUUUCGGCCAGGUUUUCAAAGUUACACAUAGGGAUACUAACGAGAUCAUGGUGCUAAAAGAAUUAUACAGAGUGGAUGAAGAAGCUCAAAAGAAUUUUUUGAAGGAGGUUGCUGUAUUACGUUCGUUACAUCACAACAAUGUUCUCCGAUUUAUCGGUGUUCUCUACAAAGACAAAAAGCUUCACCUGGUUACGGAGUAUAUAGCAGGAGGAACUCUAAGGGCUCUGCUACACGACAUCAACGAAACCUUACCAUGGGAACAGCGAAUGUCGUUCGCUAAAGAUAUUGCCGCCGGUAUGGCUUAUCUACAUUCCAUGAACAUUAUACACCGAGACUUAAAUUCGCACAAUUGUCUCGUUCGGGAAGAUAAGACUGUGGUCGUGGCCGAUUUUGGCUUAGCCAGAAUAAUACAAAACGGCAAUUCCCCCGAUAAUCGUAAAUACAACAGACAUUCCGACGGGGAGGCGAAAACGUCGAAGAAAGAACGAAAGAAAAGGUACACAGUGGUAGGGAAUCCUUAUUGGAUGGCUCCUGAAAUGAUGAAGGGUAACAAGUACGACGAAAAGGUUGAUAUAUUCAGCUUUGGUAUCGUCGUUUGUGAAAUCAUUGGUCGUGUACAAGCGGAUCCCGAUUACUUGCCGCGCUCUUCGGACUUUGGUCUGAAUCAGAACGUGUUUAAAGAAAAAUUCUGUGCCAACUGUCCAGAGAUGUUCUACAUGAUCGCUUUUCUUUGCUGCGAUUUGAAUCCUGAUAAAAGGCCGCCAUUCGAGGUGAUGCAUGUUUGGUUAGAGGGGCUGGCGAUGCAUUUAUCAAUGGGCAUGGAUUUGCCAUCAGAUUUGGAGAUUGAUAUUAGAAAUUAUACUGGACCGAGCACGAGUACAAGCGAAUCAACGACUCCGGAGACACUUGCGUCACAGUUAAAGCCUAUUAAGGAAGGCCAGGUGCAUCAGGAAAAGAAACGGUGUAGUGGUUGCGACGAUAGUACGCUAGAACGCGAGGAAACCGUGCAGAGCAUUACGCUUCAGGUACCUGAUGUGAUAAGUACUCGUGGAAGGUACACGAGACAGAACAGUAAAACUAGUGAAUCCUUUGGAAAUACUGGUCGUUAUUCGAGACAGAACUCAAGGUCCAAAGAAACACCGAUUGAAAAGCCAGAUAUAGUUAUUUCUCCGGGAUCCAGUGGGUUUACAGGCUGUUUCCCGAGGCAUAAUACCAAGUCAAAUGAAUCAUCUCCUCACUUUUCAAGCGACAAACAAGACUCAUACGUGAAACGAAACGAUGAAACAGAAUAUAAUUUGAAACGAAUACCGACUAUCGAAAAAAUAAGAUAUGUGGGCAAAGGAAGUCCUUGUUCUUUAUCAGAUACACCUGAAUAUAUCAUCGUUAGCAAAUCCUCAUACAGAGUGAAUAAUAGUUCACCAGAAAAGUCCAAUGAUCAUAAUUCAGUUAACAGUGGUCAUUCAAGAACAAAACUGGAAAACAAAUUUAAAAUGUUGGAUGCAAACUCAGUUAGCUCUUAUCUUAGGCAAAUUGGAAAAUCCAUAAAUGUUAUAGAGAAAGAGAGCAGCAAGACUAAUGAUCAGAAUGAUAGCGAUUCAAAGAAGACAUGUGUGGAAAACUCCAAACCGUCUACAGGUUCUUAUUUGAGAAGAACAAAGAUUUCUCCCACAAAAGAAACAUCAAAGAACGCAUUCUCUCCACAAAAAACUUCUCAGUCAUCUGAAGCUGGUACUUCAUUGCAAUCAAAAUUAGCUGUUAAUACGGAAGAAAUCAUUGAAAGUAAAGCUGGAAACGAUAUGGUAACGAGGCAGGAGAGUAACGUUUCAGAUAUCGGCAGUAUUUUAUCCAGGCAAGGAAGCCUCACAGUAUUGGACUGUACAACGAAACACAAAGAUGCAAUGUACAAAGAUUAUUCGCCUUUUAAUACAUUGCAAAAAGACGAUCUCUAUAGAGAGGACAGUCAUAGAAGAAAUGCUGUUCUUCAUUAUACUGAUAACCUUCGUUCCAAUUCGAGUCUUUCUAAGAACGAUGAUUCCCUUACGUGUAAUGCACUGCAUGAAACUAAUGUCGAUGACAAAAAUGACUGUACCACUUUCAUUCAAGAGUCCAAUGAUUCAAAGGAGGCAGUAAUUGAUACAAAGGCCAUGUACGAUAAUAAAUUGCCUAAUUCUUUAACGGAGUACAGUGGAUGUUACAAGAAUUUGGAUUUAUGUAGACAGGAUAGUUUUGGUUCAGACAGCGCAGUGGGCACAAUGAAGAGUGAUUUUUUUACAGACUUAGAAUAUAUAAGAGACGGCAGGCAUACACCUGAUUUGUGUCAUACUCCUGAAAGAUGUUGUACACCUAAUAGAGCAGCCUCACCGAUUGAGAGCACAGCUUUGUAAAGUUGUGGCAAGUAACGUGUCAUGUUUUAACAAAAUGAAUCUCUUCCUUUGUUCUCUGACCUUUAUGCAUUUACAUAACUUAAAAUCUGAUAACUUAACCUGUUAACGCAAAAGUAAGUUUCUCUUGGUACCUUGUUACGAUGUUCCAUAACAGCACAUUGAAAAAGUAUUGUUAACAGUUUGAUGUCCAGUAUUAAUGAAUCUCAUUGCGCUAUCACUUUCCGUGAGUUUUAAGGCAUUUAAACGUCACAUUUAGAUCUUGCCUUGUAUGGUUUUCAUAAGAGGGAAUUUAUGUAAUUAUAAGACUAACAAAAGCAUUCCAUCCAGAAUUGAUAAAACUAAACGCGUGCUUUGAGAAUCCGAGUGUGAAACGCUCAGAUUGCGUUACUACUAUGUACAAGUAUCAACAACGUGUUCUUGGAAACACUGAAUUACAGACUACAUCGGUGUAUCUCCGUUUUGUUUUAUUUUCUUCUUAGAUAUACAGGAUUAUAUUUCAAAGUUGUAAACAUUAUGUAAAGUCAGUUUGUAGAAUAGAUUGUAAAAAAAAUUUAUAUUCUUUAUCAAAUAUAUAUGUACGUCAUACUGUAAAAUAUCCACAUAUAACACGGUGAUGUGCAUGUACAGGUUAUUGACAUGUAUAAACUUGGACUCAUCAAUUAUAUCUUUGUUACUUGUUAGAGAAGACAGAAU